CUGGGUUCCGGGCCCCGGCGGGCGGGCGGGCUGGAGAAGAGCGGCCGGGGUCGGGUGGGAAGCCGGUGAGGAAGCGCGCUCCUGACACUUUGUUAGCAGGAGGCCAGAACCGCCAGAUCCGGGAGGUGGGACCUCUUUCUGGACUGUCGUAUGUAGUUUUAUUCCUGGCCAUUUUUUCCACCGCCAAAUCGUGAUUAGGGCUUUGGAUCUUUGAGAGAUGGCGUCGUGUAAGGGAAAGAGCCCUCUUUGCCUAAGUUUUACAGACUUCCUGAGCCUGAGUUUACAGUUGUGUGAUACGGAGUUUGAUUAGGUGAUGGCUGAGAUUACCACAACUUUGAAGUUUCCAAAGGGGAGAAGACAGGAGAAGGAAGCAGGAUCUGUGCCAGAGUUUGCGGACGAUUCACGGAAUGACCCUGAUUUAGUUCUUCCAGCCCUCACCGACUCAGCUUUUAUCUGUGGAUUACUCCUCAUAUGACAUGAUUUUGAGAUCUCUUUCACCGUCCGAUCACUCUUUUUUGGAACUUAAGAUUUUCUUAGUCUACUGCUUGGAAGCAGAGCCAACCUGCUCCUUUGAAGAAACUGUUCAAGCUAGAGCCCAGUUCCUAGAACUUCUGAGGAUGCCAACUACCUACUCCCUUCUGGAUUAGUUGGUUCUACCAUCUGUCUUACCACAGCAAAGGGACCCUGAAAGCAAACUCUAAAUGUCUACGGCAAUGACUUAUCUGAAUGAACUUGUAUCUUCAAUAUCGCCAAGCUCUGCUUAUUCCAGGGGCGUGAUUCGUCGAGAAGCACAACAGAGUGAGGUUGCUCAUCGGUACAAUGAUUUGGGAGAAGAACAUUUCAGAGGCCUAGUGCUGGUUGCCUUUUCUCAGUAUCUCCAGCAGUGCCCAUUUGAAGAUCAUGUGAAAUUAGCGAAGGAAGUGACUGAGUUUGCAAAAGGUUGUGCUGCUGACCAGUCAGGGGCCGACUGUGGCAAAUCCCUUCACACGCUCUUCGGAGACAAACUGUGUACAGUCGCCUCUCUUCGCGAAAAGUAUGGCGAGCUGGCCGACUGCUGUGAGAAACAGGAUCCCGAGAGAAACGAGUGCUUCCUGACUCACAAAGACGAUAACCCCGGCUUCCCUCCGCUGGUGACCCCGGAGCCCGACGCCAUGUGCGCCGCCUUUCAGGAAAGUGAACAGAAGUUUCUGGGAAAAUACCUGUAUGAAGUUGCCAGAAGACAUCCUUACUUUUAUGCCCCAGAACUCCUUUACUAUGCUCAGCAAUAUAAACAAGUUUUUGCAGAAUGCUGCCAAGCUGCUGAUAAGGCUGCCUGCCUGACACCCAAGAUUGAUGCUUUGAGGGAAAAAGUACUGGUUUCAUCUGCCAAAGAAAGAUUCAAGUGUGCCAGCCUCCAGAAAUUCGGAGAUAGAGCCUUCAAAGCAUGGUCGAUAGCUCGCAUGAGCCAGAAAUUCCCCAAAGCUGACUUUGCAGAAGUUUCCAAGUUGGUGACAGAUCUUACCAAAAUCCACAAGGAAUGCUGCCACGGUGACCUGCUUGAAUGUGCAGAUGACAGGGCGGAUCUGGCCAAGUAUAUGUGUGAGAAUCAGGAUUCAAUCUCUAGUAAAAUGAAGGAAUGCUGUGAUAAGCCUUUGUUGGAAAAAUCCCACUGCCUCACUGAGGUGGAAAGAGAUGAGUUGCCCGGUGACCUGUCCCCGAUAGCUGCUGACUUUGUUGAAGAUAAGGAGGUUUGCAAAAACUAUCAGGAGGCAAAAGAUGUGUUCCUGGGCACGUUUUUGUAUGAAUACUCAAGAAGGCAUCCUGAGUACGCUAUCUCUUUGCUGUUGAGACUUGCCAAGGAAUAUGAAGCCACUCUGGAGAAGUGUUGUGCCACCGAUGAUCCUCCUACUUGCUAUGGCAAAGUGCUUGAUGAAUUUAAACCUCUUGUGGAAGAGCCUCAGAAUUUAGUCAAAACAAACUGUGAACUUUUUGAAAAACUUGGAGAGUAUGGCUUCCAAAAUGCGCUCUUAGUUCGUUACACCAAGAAAGUACCCCAAGUGUCAACUCCAACUCUCGUGGAGGUCUCAAGAAAACUAGGAAAAGUGGGCACCAGGUGUUGUAAGAAACCUGACUCAGAAAGAAUGCCCUGUGCUGAAGACUAUCUGUCCGUGGUCCUGAACCGGUUGUGCGUGUUGCACGAGAAGACCCCAGUGAGUGAGAGAGUCACCAAAUGCUGCACAGAAUCCUUGGUGAACAGACGACCAUGCUUUUCUGCCCUGGAAACUGAUGAGGCGUAUGUUCCCAAAGAGUUUAACGCUGAAACAUUCACCUUCCAUGCAGACUUAUGCACACUUCCUGAGGCUGAGAAACAAGUCAAGAAACAAUCUGCACUUGUUGAGCUGGUGAAACACAAGCCCAAAGCAACUGAGGAACAACUGAAAACUGUUAUGGGGGAUUUUGGAGCCUUUGUAGAGAAGUGCUGUGCAGCUGAAAACAAAGAGGCCUGCUUUGCUGAGGAGGGUCCAAAACUUGUUGCCACAGCUCAAGCUGCCUUAGCCUAAAAGAACACCAUCACAAGCAUCUCAGCCUGCCCUGAGAAUAAGAGAAAGAAAGAGAAAUGAAGACCUAGAGCUUAUUCAUCUGUUUUUCUUUUCUGUUGGUGUAAAACCAACCCUCUGUCUAAAGAACACAAAUUUCUUUAAAUGUUUUGCCUCUUUUCUCUGUGCUGUAAUUAAUAAAAAAUGAAAAGAAUCUAACAUUAUUGUCCAGGACUGUUAUUUUUCACAGAUGUAUUGCCAUCCUGGAAAUUUUGUAGGUUUUGUGAAUGUCCCACUGCUCUCUCUUUUCCCACUUCAGUCUAGUUCUUUAGGGGCUGGCUGAUUAAAAGAAACAUUAAUGAUCUUCUGAGUUAUGGAUCAUAAACAUGCAAAGGAAUAUUUUAACAUUAUCAUAAUUCUGAUAAAAGAAUGAAAACUGGUAUAGGCUUUUCCUUACUAAGGACUAAGAAAUGUGAGGGACAAAGAAGAUAGAGAUGAUUGUAAGGAUGGUUAAUUGAACUGGAAAAAAAACACUGAGCCUCAAAAAAAUGUAAGGAAGUUUAGGAUGGCAAUACAUAAACAGUGUAAGAAGCUUAACCAGGUUGGAGAAGCCUUGUUGAAGGAGGGAAUCAGGAGAUCUGGAUGAAGGUACAAUAGAGAGUGAGCAAGAUGUAGAAGACUGAGGGAGCUCAAGAGUUGGCACGUAAAAUGUUCUUGUAAGAACUGAGAUGUUACACUCAAAACUGAGCCUCUUGUCCCUGUUCCCAGAGGUAACCACUGAUAUCAGACAAUUAUCUAUGAAUUUACAUACCUAAAGUCA